AUGGAUAUCAAAAAGUUGCAAGACGAAAUCAGUGAACACCUGAUUCACAUGCCAGUCGAUGAUCUCAUGGAGACUUGCCAGUUUAUAAAGGCCUCCAAAGCAAGUAUGGCAAAAGGAAAAACCCGGCGCCAUUACAUGCGGAUAGUGAAUGAGGUGUUAGAUGAACUGGUAGAGACUAAAAGUGAAGAAGUGGUGACACAAAUUUCUGCAGAAAUUCAUUGGUGAGUUAAAGAAGAGAGAUAACAUGGAAGCACCAAGCGAUAGUGGCAAAGACCCUCAAGCAGAACAACAGUUAAAGGAUUUAAAACAGCAAUACCACAGUAUACAGGAAAAACUUCAAGAAACAGCCAAGAUGAUAGAGGAACAGAUGAAAGAACUUAGCACUAAAGACAAAGACUCAAAAGAAAGUCCUGCAAAACAAGACUCUAAUCUAGUUGCUCAGAGACUUUCCCAUACUAACUUGCCAAAAGUUACAAUCAGAAAGGACAUUAAAAUUGCUGGUCAGAUAGGUGAAAAGGAACAGAAAGGCAAGCUGUCUUAUACUAACCUCAUGCACCAGAUUGACACGGGACUUCAAAAGGGAUAUCCCAUGUCAGAGCUUGUGGAAGCUGCGGUCAAAGCCAUUAGUCAAGUCAAGUCUCAGAGGCAUGCUAGA